GAAACGCCGAAACGAGCGGACGUGUGAGCGCGAGGAGCGAAAGAUUCGAACGAAGUAGCGCGGAAAAGAAGAAUUCAGCGAAAGAAAAGAAACGAAACAAAACGAAACGGUCGCGACCGAGAGUGAGAUGAUCAGCAUCUGAAGCGGUUUACGGGUUACGUGUUGCGGGUUACGUGUUGCGGGUUACGGCCAAGACGAUUCAAUGGCCAGCAGACGCCGCCUGUUGCUGCUGCUUUUGCUGGUUUUGCUGGUUCUGCAGUUAAUCGGCACCACGCCUGCGUCUCGCAGCCUCAGUGUCAACGGGAACAACAUCUGGCGGCGAGUGCGCCUUGUGACCAGCCAGGAGAGCGACCGCAAUGUCUACCAGGUGCUCAAGCCGAUAAGCCGCAACUCCACCUCCACCACCACGAGUACCACCACGAGUGCUCCAAGCACCACUAGCAGCACAACCACUAGCACCACAUCCACAUCCACAGCCACUCCUCCCUCACAAAGGUCAGCAAAGCAAUUGGAUCUCAACUUUCCCGGUAGCGUCUCGAACGUCUCGAAUGCCGCCCGCCUGGAAAUGUCCACGGAAUUCUUCGUGGUGCCCACUCUGACGGCCAGCAGCACAAGCAGCUCCACCACUUCCACGCCUACGAGGAGUCUGGGAGCCAGAGCCCGAUCCGCCAGCACUCCGCGCGUCAGCCAGGGGAACAGUAGCGGCUACGGCCACGGACAUGGACACGGUACUCCUCCAAGCAUAGUGUCUACGCACCUGCCCUUCACCGGACUCCGAAAGGAGCCGUGGGUGGUGCCGGUGCUGGUGCUGGCCACUCUCACCAUGCUCAUGAUGGCUGCCUUCGAAAUCUUCGUGCUUUUCAAGGCCUGGCGGACGUCGCCAUCGCGACGUCAUCUCUUCCUGGGCCAGAUGCUGCUCCUAGGACUGUUCGCCUGCGCCAGCCUGGGCGCCAUCAUCACCGCCCAGCCCACGCUCCUCAGCUGCGGGGCGAUCCGCUUUGGGGUGGGUGUUGCCUACGCCCUAGUGUUUGCCGCCCUCCUGGUGAAGUGUGUCUUUCUGAUCAGCCUGAACGGAGGCGUUUACCUGCCGGCACCGUACCAGGGGCUGCUGCUGCUCUUCGCACUUCUCAUCCAGGUAGCGAUUGGAGGUCAGUGGCUGCUAACCCAACCGCCAGAAGUGUACACGACUAGUGUGCCAGUGAUGGGCAGUGGAUUCCUCUCCACCACGGUGGCCUCGCAGACGAACUACUCGGCGCUGUUCUACCCGACGUCGUACACUACGCUGGACGGGACGCCGGAGAUCUACACCAGGAUUGCAGCGGUCAGCACGGUGCUGAUCCCGCUGUGCAAGACGCAGUUUUCGGAGCUGCUUUUCUCGCUCAUCUACAUAGUAUUCCUCAUUGUGUUUAUCGCCGUGCUGGCCAUUAAGUCGCGCGGAAUCCGGGACAACUACCGCGAGGCCACUUACAUUGGCCUGGCCAUUGGCGGCGCUAUUCCAAUCUGGCUGGGCUGGAUGCUGUGCGGCCUGGCCGUGGCGGAGCGGCACAAAGACGCGUGCAUAGCCUUCGGACUAGUAGCCACCUCGGCCACCGUCUUCCUGGUGAUGUUCAUGCCCAAGGGCAGGCAGCUGGCUGCCAUGGGCAAAGAGGGGCUCUACGUCGAGGAUCGGGAGGAGCAGUUCAGCUCUCUGAGUCGCGCCGGGUCCGGUUACUCGCCCUCCUUCUUCCACUUCAAGCCCAUUAAGUACGGCGUGAUGAGCGGCUGUGGGAUUCCCAACUCUGCCACCAACACGGGCCAGGGCCUAAGCUCCAAGCACUGUUCCAGCGCCAACAAUGGUGGAGAUCGGGUUGCCUUGGUCACCGCCGCACCGCCGAGCUAUACACGUAUGUAUCACUAUUUUCCAGCACAUUUGAGCCCGCACCCGUUCUGUUAUUAUCCACCCGCACCACCACCACCACUGCCACCACAACCACCGCCACCACAGCAAGCUGCACCGCCCACGCUCACGCCGUUGACCCUCAAACAGUUGGGCAACUCCCUAACCUCCAUGACACAAGCGGCGCAAUUGGCCAAAACGUUGCGCUAUGCGCCAGGCAUGUUCAUACGACCCGACGAAGCGAAUCUCUAUACGACGCUGGAGCCGACGUUAAGUACCAAUCCGAAUGUUUACUUCCAACGAAGCGGAGCCGUCCAUCCCGGUAUCCUCUACUAAGUAUCGUAGUAGUAUAGAGUAUCGACAAGUAUCGAGAACACUGGAACUGAGUAUUUUUUCGUAAUAUUAAGCUACGGCUCCCAAGGAGCAGCAAUAAGUGAUUUGAUACUAAUAGAUCAUUUCGAAUAGUGUAGAAUUGUUUGUCAUAACUGCUAAGCCCUACGACUUUAUAUGUGUAAUUAAAUUUAUAAUCUUGUACCCAGGAAUUUUGAUAUAGUCCAGGUGGCCUAAAGAGGAAAAGUGAAAAAUAACUGCAAUGUGUAGACCUACCUAGGAGAUAUAAACCAUCUACAUUGGUUAUGUUUUGCACAAUAAUUUUAACAGCGAUUUGAUUGAUCGAGGUAAACCUAAAUAUGAUAAAUUUACUAAGUCUUA